AUGCGCUGCUCUACCGUAAUUCUGGUCGCGUGCCUGUGCCUGCUCGCUAUUGUCGCCGAAGCCCAGCCACGGCUGCCUCUCCUCGAGACGCGUAUGCGGAAAAACUCAGAACCCUUCAUGCUGAACGGGCGACUGCGUGAGUAUGGAGACUUCAGUCCCUCCUUCCGGCCAUCCGCCGAAUUUGUCGGCCGUGCCCCGAUGGUGGUGAUCGACGGCCGCGUGUUCACGUUGAGAGAU